AUGUCUCUCCCCACCAUCCUCCUCCGCCGCACGACUGCAAAUGGAUCGCACAUGGGCUCCCCAAAAUCUCUCAAAACACUAGUAGACUGGCACCGCGCCCUCGAAGACAUCCAACCCCACCUCACGCCCCACCGCUUGCUCUGCCUGGCCCUCCUCGCCUCCGCCCUCGCGCUCGCGCUCGUCCUAGGACUAGGCCUACUACGCCAGCGCCCCGCACACCCCCCAAAGGCCCAACCCCGACUCCCAGACUCGCGCGCCCUCGCGGCCCUCCAGCGCCUCCUCGUCCCAACACGCUCCCGCUGGCCCGAGCCCUACACCGCCCUCGCCGCGCGCGCCGACGCCGACGCAUCGCACACGCUCUACCUCCCGCUCGCAAUACUCCUGCGCGACCUCCUCGCGGGCGCCGUCGAGCUCAGACACCCCGCACGGAGCCUGCACGCGCUCCUCGCGGGCGCGGAGCCCGGUGCAGGCGGCGGCGGCAGCGGCGACAGCGACGGGUGGCGCGUGCGCGUGGUCGUGGACGUCGGGCUCCGGUGCACCGUCCUCGCGCAGCUCGCGCGCGAGCGCCUGUUCCCCGCGCCGUUCGACGUGAGUCGCCGCUCCCCCUUCCCCGCGUGCCCAAGCGCCAGCCCCAGCGCGCCGCUGAGCGACGGAGCGUGCGUGUAUGCGCGGCUACGCGGGUGUAUGCGCGCCGUUCGCCCCGUGUUGACCGGGGGCGCGUUUUCGCGGCGGCGCGGCGCAGGUGCCCACCUCUGCUUUUCGCUCGCCGCACGCGAGGGCGACCUGCCGCCGUCCCCCGGGAACGACAACGACGAGCCCCGCCCCCCCUCGCCGCCGCCCCGCGCCUCCUUCGCCCUCGACCUCGACGCCGUCCCCCCACCCGAGCUCGAAAGCCUCCUGCACCACCUACACGCCGCCCUCCCCACGGCGGCGCGCGCGCCGCUCAAGCUCACGCUGCACCUGACGACCCUCGGCGCGCACCUCUCGCCGCUCGCGCUCGCGCUCGACCCCUCCUUCAUCCUCGCCGCCGUGCCGUUCCUCCCACCACCACCGCCGAAGCCCGCGCCGGCAACCCGCCGCGAGCCCGCGCGCACCUCGCUCGCGCUGACCGCCUCCCUCCCGCACGUCCUCUCGCACCUCCACCAAGCCCACUUCGCCCUCCUCUCCGCCACCCACGUCUCCGACGCGCGCGCCUUCGCACUGCGCCGCGCCCACGCCGCCGACCGCGCGCCGCUCGAUGCGCGCGCGCGCAUGCUCGCGGCGUGGGAGGCGGCGCUGCUCGAGCGGGGGAUUCUGCGCCGGUGGGAGAUCGUCGUGCGGAAGGAGGGGUAG